AUGCAGAAUGGCAGCAAACACUUUCUUAAAAAUAUUUUAUUGUGCAUGUUGCAGGCGAUAAAGAAUCAUUCAAAAAAGAAGUCCAUAUGCGACCCUUCUAAAAGUUGCACUUCUAUAGAGUUCAAUAACCCGAAGUUUCACACACUGCCAAAGUUUUGGUACAGCCCAGAAAAGCAAGACCGACACAAUGUUCUUGGAUCUUGCCUUAAAUCACCACGUGAAGUCAAUACUGCCUCUGAAACAAACUUGCUAAUGAUUCAAAGAAAUGACAAUAUUGAAGACUUUACUUGUUUAGAAAAGGAUACAGCAGCUUGCGGAGACGAAAAAUUUGGUGGUGAAAAAUUUUCUCUCACAGACAUGCAGAACACCUCCCAUAAUAUCAGAAAAUUUAUAGUACAACUAAAAUCACAGCUGACUGCCAUUCUGGAAAUGGGUUGGGGAGGAGUACAUUCAAACACGUAUAAAAAAGAGAAAGAGUUUCUUCUCCCAGCUUCACCCUCUUCGAAAGACGUUGAUGAUCCACUUAUAAAGAAAGUACGUGACAUACACACAGAAACGCGAAGUAGUGUAAGAAUUGUACGAGACUCUAGAGCAAGGCUGCUUGAAAUACAAAAGAAGCCCAAUUUCACGGAAGCUGAUGUGAAUGAACUGAGAGAACGGAAUGAUUUACUUAUUCGUGUAAUGGAACGAUUUGACCGAGUUACUAAAAGUUUACAAAAAUUGGUUGGAACGGAAGUGUUAAAUUUAAAAAAUUCAAACGAUGAAGUUAAUCAAAAAUUUAAACCCACUCAAAUGGAUUUACCAUCAUAUCAAGGAAGGACAGCUCGCUCGACAGAAGUUUUAGCUCCGUGUAAAGAUUCUGACGGUACCUGUAGUUCGUCUCAACAAAGCAAGUCUGAAAUUGACUUGACUCGGAAAUUGAAUGAAAGUUACGAUAUGCAGGAGAAGUUGGUUGCGGAUAAUGCGGAUUUAGAAGUCAAGAGGUACAUCCUUUAUAAGGAGUUAAUGAUAAAGGAUCAAAACUUGGAGACCUGUCGGGCUCAAAUCAAGAGGCUUCAAGGCGAACUGAAAUUAAUGAACAAAGAGACUACAGCGCUUCACGAGAGAUUAAAUAGAAAUAAUCCCGAGGGCGAUGCGACUGCGAUAAAACAAGACCUCUCAUGUUACCCAGACAUUGAAAUAUUUACUCAGGAUGGCAAAAAGAUUUAUGUGAACAACGCGGCAGAAUUACUGACGAAGCUCGAUAAUUAUAAAGAUUCUUCAAAAGAUCUUGAAAAUUUACUAGAACAGCUAGAGAAUCAGGUUUGCGAUAUACGCGAGGAAAUGGCUGAUGUGAAAGCUGCGGGAAGCGCCUGCCGAGGCGGUGGCGGGAAAAAUAUAUGCUUUGAGCAACCGUCUGGAGCUCCGCCCGUUCCUCCGAUGACAAAAUCCUGUGGCGUUUGUCCUCCAUGUCCAGCGCCAUGUAAUCCUAACGCUCCACCGACUCCUGCAGAGAGAGAAGUGCAGAAACUUACCAUACAACUUCGUCAAACUGAAGAAAAUUUCAAGACGAAAGUCGCCGAGUGUGCAGUACUACGUACAGACUUGGCUAAAAAGAAAGAAGAACUAGAAAAGGAGCGAUGUCAGCACAGAGAGGUUCAAAAGAAACUGAGGGAGCUAGAAAUGAAAUUUGAAGGGCUAACGACCCACACUAAUAUGUUGAUGGGUACUAAGGAACAGGCGUUCGAACAAGAGGUCAACGUUAGAGCCCUAAAACAAUGUUACAGAGAAGCUAGAGACGAAAUAGAUGAGCUAAGGUUGUUGAUGAAAGAACAAAAUAACCAAUUACAAGAUUAUCGGGUCAAGUACCUUCAAGCUCAACAGCUAGUUGAAGAACAGCGAAGACAAAUGGACAUGAUGGACAUGGAUAACACUAGGAUCAGUGAACAGAUUAAUUUGGAGAUACAACGGGUUAAGCUCAAGUUUCAAGAAAAGCUGCAAGAGUUAGCACCGAUACCAGAUCUGCUGAAGGCAACGCAGAUUAGACUGAAAGACGCACAGCAAUCGCAGGCCAUAGCUGAGCACAAUGCAGAGCAAUUAGCGAGGGAACUGAAUUCUGCUAGAGAAAAGGUUCAUGCGCUUUUACAUAACAGUAUAAAACCACCUGAAAAAGGUCCAGAUAGAGGUGGUGAUGAGAAGCAAAUAAACUUACUUCAACAAAGAAUUUCACAACUUACGGAAAUUAAUCAAUCACUCAAGAGUGACAUAGAACGUCUCAAGGCUAAUACGAUACGUAUGGAGGAGUCAGUGCUUGCAAAUGAAAAGCGUUUGCACGAAAAGAUGCACGAAUGUGCACAACUAGGCGGGGAACUGGACAGGGCCCGCGAUGAAGCGGCCCGGGCAUUGCAACGGGCCAACGAGCGCACUGAUACUUUACGGAAGUGUAUGCAAACUACUGUAGGUGAGUUAGAAAGGCAAUUGGCAGCUACAAGGGCACAAGUUAAGACCGCCGAAAAGGAAAGAGAGGAAGUGCAAAAUCGUAUGCAGUGCCAGAUAAAGAGAUUGAGUGAAAACUUCGAACAAGCACAACUGAGGAUACUAGGCCUUAACACACAAGUAAAUGCUCUAAGACAUGCAGUAUCUAGCACUGGAGAAGGAGAAGGUGAUACAGAAGCGCAGGCUCAGGAAUGUACUUGCAAGUCAUUCUUUGAAUGAGACUUUAUUCUUAUUCAAAGAAGAACUCUUAAUUUUUUACAUGUUGAGCAAUUCUUUGUUAGCCGAUUGGUUAUAUAAAUAAAUACACUUUUUUCUUUUUAAUUUUUUAACAUAUACUAUAACAUAUUUUUCAAUAACGAUGGUUAUUUACUAUUUUUGAAAUUGUUUUAUAUAAAAACAUAUAUUUCCCAUUAAGUCACUUUACUUCUGUUGAUCGGUAAAGAAGGAAAUU